CCAGGCCCCGGGCUGCCUCCUCGGGCCGCGCCGCGCCGGGCCGGCCGCACUGCGCAUGAGCGGGAGCCCGGCGAGCCCGUGAGAGGAGCCGCCGCCGCCGCCGCCGUCCAUUCGCUGCGGAGCCGGAGGAGGAGGGGAGAGGCCUGGAGGACACCAACAUGAACAAGUUGAAAUCAUCGCAGAAGGAUAAAGUUCGUCAGUUUAUGAUCUUCACACAAUCUAGUGAAAAAACAGCAGUAAGUUGCCUGUCUCAAAAUGACUGGAAGUUAGAUGUUGCAACAGACAAUUUUUUCCAAAAUCCUGAACUUUAUAUCCGAGAGAGUGUAAAAGGAUCAUUGGACAGGAAGAAGUUAGAACAACUAUACAAUAGAUACAAAGAUCCUCAAGAUGAAAAUAAAAUUGGAAUAGAUGGUAUACAACAGUUCUGUGAUGACCUGGCCCUCGAUCCAGCCAGCAUUAGUGUGUUGAUCAUUGCAUGGAAGUUCAGAGCAGCAACACAGUGCGAGUUCUCCAAGCAAGAGUUCAUGGACGGCAUGACAGAAUUAGGGAACUGUGCUAAAUGUGACAGCAUAGAAAAACUAAAGGCCCAGAUACCCAAGAUGGAACAAGAAUUGAAAGAACCAGGACGAUUUAAGGAUUUUUACCAGUUUACUUUUAAUUUUGCAAAGAAUCCAGGACAAAAAGGAUUAGAUCUAGAAAUGGCCAUUGCCUACUGGAAUUUAGUGCUUAAUGGAAGAUUUAAAUUCUUAGACUUAUGGAAUAAAUUUUUGUUGGAACAUCAUAAACGAUCCAUACCAAAAGAUACUUGGAAUCUUCUUCUAGACUUCAGUACAAUGAUUGCAGAUGACAUGUCUAAUUAUGAUGAGGAAGGAGCAUGGCCUGUUCUUAUUGAUGACUUUGUGGAAUUUGCACGCCCUCAAAUUGCUGGGACAAAAAGUACAACAGUGUAGCACUAAAGGAACCUUCUAGAAUGUACAUAGUCUGUACAAUAAAUACAACGGAAAAUUGCACAGUCAAUUUCUGCUGGCUGGACUGAACUGAAGAUCAAUCCUCGUAAUUCAGACUGAGGGUUGAGACAAAACUUUAAGGAUACAUCUUGGACCAUACCGUAUUUCAUUCUUCUAAUGGUGGUUUGGGCUUGUCUUCUAGUCCUGGCCGCUCUAACCAUUUAUAAUUCUACAUUGUGGAUUUCAUCUUAUAUCUGUGGACCAUCCUAGUUUAUUCUCCCAUGAGUCUUAGAAGCUUUAUGGUGAUUAUUUUGAGGUUUCCAUUCUUGCAUAAAGCACAAUGCUGUCUUCAUCAGAAAACAGUGUGGCAUAAGAAUUAAACAUGAACAUCACAAACAAUUUAUAAAAACUUCCUAAAUAAUAUGCUUUGGGCUAGUUGCAAAGACUAUGCUAAUAGCACUUCCAAUGAGAGUGAUAUAUUUAAGUGUACCAGAUCUGGAAUGGUGUUUUGGUUUGGGGGAUUUUUUUUUUUUUCCUGGAAAAUCACAUGUAUUGUUGAUGUGAGUAGAGAAUCAGAUGAAAAAAAUGUCAAAAUAACCAACGUGAAAAUUUUUUAGGAUAAUUUCUUGUGCCUACCUGAAAAAUUUGUGUUUCAGACCCUCGAUUUCAAAAGGUCACACAGACCUGCUCUACUUAUCUCACCGAUGUUUAUAUAUGGUUGUCCUACAGGGAGCUUCUAUUUAGAAAACGUCUGCAUAAUGUUAGAUUCUGCUGUCUACAUCCUGCAGCACAUAAUUGGAUUUCAUUAUGAUUUUGAAAUGCUUAUAUGCCUGUUGAAUAAGUUAAACUAUUUAAUUUGUUUGGAAUGUUUUAGAUUGCUACACAAUACAAUAUUCUAAAUUUAGGCAUGAGGGUUUAUUUUAUUUUUUUAGCACACCAUGGAACAAAAAUGAAAUUUUCUUAAUUUAUAAGAAGAUAGUAGGAAUUAAAUUUUGAAAAUGGUUGUGAUGAGCCAUGAUGUUCAAUCCUCAUAGGUACUGCUUUUUCAGACAAAUAGUCCAUUUUUGAUGACCUUAUUUUGUUGAAAACGGCUUUAACUGCUAAUCACUGUGGUUGCCAAAUACUUCAAGAGCAAAGAUUUUCAAGCAAGCAUGCACUUGAUGCAAAACACCAAUCUGGCUUCUAUUUUUGUAAAUUAUUCAGUCUCUUUACUGUUUUUAUUUCACUCAAAUUUGAUGUUUUCACAUCAAAGCAGAAUUCUAUCUUGUAUGUAUGAUAUUCAUUACAAGACCUAUGAGCUGCUUUUAUGCUGAAAAUGCUGAUCUUCCUGUUCACUUCCUGACACGUGAAGGAGGACUUAUUGCUUUUUUAAAGAUUUCUGUAAGGUAGGUUAAAAAAUGUAAAACUUCAAAUGUUGGACUUUAACAGGAAUAGGUAUUGCUUGGUGUAUCCAGGUACUCUCUAAGAUCUUAUGUUGAAAUUAUCAAAGAAUGUACUUCAGAUUAGCAGUGGAAAUUAGAUGUGGAAAUGAUUUUAAGAACAAUGACAUAUUAAGACCACUUUUUAUUUACAUGAUUUUGAAGUUGACUAGAAAGGUUUCCCACAGAUCUUACAUUAAUAUUCCAAUCAUAUUCUUCCAAAAGAAAAAUAUGAAAAUUUCUAUUUAAGUUACUGGAAUUGGUUAUUUUGG